ACGACGCUACAGUCAGCUUUGCAGUGUCAAAGUGGCGCUGAGUGUGUAUCUGUGUGUGUGUGUGGUAUAUGGUGUGUGUGCUGCCAGUUGCUCGUCUCUUUAAUGUCUUGCACACACUCUAAUGUGUGUGUGGAGCAGGCUGUGUACCUGAGAGGUGUGUUGAACCUGCACACAGCCUCCCACCUGACUGUCCUGCUCAUGUUAGCUCAGUAUGUAGCCUCUUAGCUGCUACCUAGCUAGCCCAAAGUGCUGCUGGGAGCUGCCUACGACCAGCUCAUAUUAACAGCAUACAGACACUAAAUUAACUGUCGGCAUGUCUGUAUAACUUGUUAAUGCAGCUUUUAACGUGGAGUAUCCCAGCUGACAUGAAGCACAAACCGCCAGACUAGCUUCCUUAAUGUUCAUCGAAAUAUCUGAUUGACAGAGCAGGUGUAUCUCUUGCAGUUAAUGUAAUAUAUUGCUCGCCAAAUGGGUUGUCAGCCUCUCUAUGGUGUCUGGGGAGCAUGUGCUGUAUGCCUUUGGUCUGUCAGAGGUCAGCAUGUUUAUUUAUUUAUCUUUAUUUUACCUUUAUUUUACCAAAAUAAAGGUUUUGGUAAAUCUCUUCUCAAUCUCUUUUCGAGGGAGACCUGGCCAAGAUUGGUUGCCAGUUACAGAUUAAAAUGACAGUGACAAAACAUGGAAACAUAUAAUAAAAACGGUAAAAAAAAAAAAAAAAAAAAAAAAAAAAAUAGGCAAUACACACAUUAUACAUACAGAAAGGUACUGAAUCCAGCUCAGGUAACACAAUUGCACUUUUCAGUGUGGAUCAUUUGAAUUGCUUUGAAUUUUCCCAGGGAUACUAGGUUUGUAAAAUGUAACACAGUUUGCAGAUUAUUCCAAGAUCAUGGGGCAAAGUAGGAGAAGGCUUUUUAGCCCCACUCAGUGAGGACUCUGGGAACAUGGUAGGUGAUCCAUUUAGAGGAACGAAGACGAGCACUGCUGUUUUUCUGUGUCGGGAGGUUACAUGAUUAAGAUGGGAGGAGACCCAGUACGGCCUUGUAGAUGAAGAUGUGCAAAUGGAGUUUUCUGCGUAGUUUUAGUGAGGGCCAGUUGACUGAGCUGUAUAGCACACAGUGUGGCACUAUGCCCGCAGCUACUGUGGAUCACAGCCAAAGAAUAUGUGAGGUUUGGGCCAACAACCUGGAGGAAGAGCUGAAGAGGAUCCGACAUGUCAUCCGAAAAUACAACUACAUAGCUAUGGACACAGAGUUUCCAGGUGUAGUAGCCAGACCAAUCGGAGAGUUCAGAAGCAACGCUGACUAUCAGUACCAGUUACUGCGCUGCAAUGUGGAUUUGCUCAAGAUAAUCCAGCUGGGCCUCACGUUUAUGAAUGAACAAGGGGAAUAUCCUCCGGGAACAUCAACAUGGCAGUUCAAUUUUAAGUUUAACCUCACUGUGACGUGUUUGUCCUUCGUCUCCAGAGAAGACAUGUAUGCACAGGACUCCAUUGAGCUCUUAACCACUUCAGGGAUUCAGUUCAAGAAGCACGAGGACGAAGGCAUCGAGACGCUGUACUUCGCAGAGCUGCUGAUGACGUCAGGAGUGGUGCUGUGUGACGGGGUCAAGUGGCUGUCUUUUCACAGUGGCUAUGACUUUGGAUACCUGAUCAAGAUUCUGUCCAACGCUAACCUGCCUGAGGAGGAGGUGGACUUCUUUGAGAUUCUUCGCUUGUACUUUCCAGUCAUUUAUGAUGUCAAGUACCUCAUGAAGAGUUGUAAAAACCUGAAGGGCGGGCUACAGGAAGUAGCUGAGCAGCUGGAGCUGGAGAGGAUCGGACCGCAGCAUCAGGCCGGCUCGGACUCUUUACUCACAGGCAUGGCUUUCUUCAAGAUGAGAGAGAUGUUCUUUGAGGAUCAUAUCGAUGAUGCAAAGUACUGUGGUCACUUGUACGGGCUGGGCUCCGGCUCGGCCUACGUCCAGAACGGAACAGGGAACGCUUACGAAGAGGAAGCUAACAAGCAGCAGUCGUGACAUGAAAACUCUUCCAUCCCGCGGUUCACAUGCACAAUCAGUGCAGCGCCGAAGCCGAGCCUCGCCAUCCGGAUGACGAUAAUGGAAGAACACGAAAAACAUACACAUCAUUUAGCAAGCUGCUUCUCAUAGGCUCUGCUCACCUUUAGACAACUGAAAUAUGAUGGUUCAAAAAAAACAAAACAAAAAAAACAGCUGUCCUCACACACGCCCCUGUUGGCUGCGUGUGUGUGUGAGUUUAGUCUUUUAUUCCCAGAAGCAGUGUAGACAUUCUGGUUGGAUCAGUUGAAUUUAACAUGCUUGAAAAGAUGGGAUUUUAGUUUUCCUAAAAUGUUCUGUAGAAAUGUUUUGCACUUUAAAAGCUCUAACCUGAUUUUAUAUGGAAAGCUGAAAACUGUUUCCGGUGUCUCUCUCUCUCUCUUUGUUGCCUUCUAUACGUUCCCAUUUUACAUUGUGAACAUAUAAAUCUUUACUAUCACAACAACCGCUCUCACCACGCUCAGCCUUAACACUAGCUGCAUUCUUAUCUCUUAGACUUUAAUUUAUCGUGCUGGUUAUGCGACGUUGAGCCCGAGACGCCACGUGUCGGCAUGCCCGCCUCUUGUUGUAUGAUUCUGAGAAAGGGAGCUCUCAGUGAGCGUGUUUACAUGCACAUGAAUAUUUCAUUUAACUUAUUUUCAUUUGUUUAUAUAAAGAUAAUGUUUAUAAAAUGAGCUGGUGUAUUCUGCUUAUACAGUAUGUAGAUGGCAAGUGAACACAGUUUCCUCCUUACUAUUAGUUGCUGUUUUCCUGUUUGGAUAUAAACGGUAUGUACGAGAUGCAUACGGAUCAUUUUCAUUGGAGGAAUGUGGAUUAUUUGUGCGUGUAAACACCCUCAUUGACACAAGCACAUAUGCACAUAUCUACAUGGUCUCGCAGUGACUUCAACCAAAUUCAAAAGACCAUAAAAACUAUGAAAACACCCACCUGCUGUAAGACAUGCCGAGGUGACCCUGAACUACUCUGUUGAGAGUAAAAUUUCAUUUUAAUUGAAAUAAAAAUUUUGUAGAGUUUUAGUGUUGUAAUAAAAGACAAACUUUUACUCAAUGGGAAAAACCAUAACAUUGCCUUUUAAUGUGCAUCUUUUUCGUUCCACUCAUUCACUUGUGGUUCUGGCCUUUGGAAUUAUCUUUUUUUGUUGUAGUUAUUGCUUUCUGGUUCAUUCAUGCUGCAUAGAAGAGCUGCAUGUACUAAAAAAAAACGUUUGAAUAAAUGCUGUGUUGUUAUAGUAGUAUCCUGAACUUCCAUAGGUGUGUGUUGAAGUGUAGGUUCAAGAUUUAUUAACCUCCCCUGAGCGUCAAAGACUGAUCAACACUUUAAUUUCUACCUGCAGCACUUCUCUCACACUGUAACGGAGUAAAAGAAGAAUAUGCAAUAUACAAGAGGAUUGUUUUUAGAUUAUUUUGUAAAUAAAGGCUUGAAACUUUUCUACCAUAAAA